GACAGCCGUGUCUCGAUGGAGUAGACUCUCAGAACAGGGCAGUUUGUCCUCCGCUCACGCAGAGCCUCUCCGUGGCUUCCGUGCCUUGAGCAUUAGGCCAGUUCUCCUCUUCUCUCUAAUCCAUCCAUCACCUCUCCUAUCAUCUGUUUCCAUGUUGUGAGGUCCAUUCACAGUACACAUCCAUGGCUCUCAUGCUCAGUUUGGUUCUGAGUCUCCUCAAGCUGGGAUCAGGGCAGUGGCUGGUGUUUGGGCCAGGCAAGCCUGUCCAGGCCUUGGUGGGGGAGGACGCUGCAUUCUCCUGUUUCCUGUCUCCUAAGACCAACGCAGAGGCCAUGGAAGUGCAGUUCUUCAGGGGCCAGUUCCCUAGCGUGGUCCACCUCUACAGGGACAGGAAGGACCAGCCAUUUAUGCAGAUGCCACAGUAUCAAGGCAGGACAAAAUUGGUGAAGGAUUCCAUUGCGGAGGGGCGCAUCUCUCUGAGGCUGGAAAACAUUACUGUGUUGGAUGCUGGUCUCUAUGGGUGCCGGAUUAGUUCCCAGUCUUACUACCAUGAGGCCAUCUGGGAGCUGCAGGUGUCAGCGCUGGGCUCAGUUCCUCUCAUUUCCAUCGCGGGAUAUGUUGACGGAGGCAUCCAGCUACUCUGUCGGUCCUCGGGCUGGUUCCCCCGGCCCACAGCGAAGUGGAAAGGUCCACAAGGACAGGAUUUGUCCACCGACUCCAGGACAAACACAGACAUGCAUGGCCUGUUUGAUGUGGAGAUCUCCCUGACCGUCCAGGAGAAUGCCGGGAGCAUAUCCUGUUCCAUGCAGCAUGCUCAUCUGAGCCGAGAGGUAGAAUCCAGGGUACAGAUAGGAGAUACCUUUUUCCAGCCUACAUCAUUGCACCUGGCUACCAAAGUACUGGGAAUACUCUGCUGUGGCCUAUUUUUUGGCAUUGUUGGACUGAAGAUUUUCUUCUCCAAAUUCCAGGGGAAAAUCCAGGCGGAAUUGGACUGGAGAAGAAAGCACAGACAGGCAGAAUUGAGAGAUGCCCGGAAACACGCAGUGGAGGUGACUCUGGAUCCAGAGACGGCUCACCCGCAGCUCUGCGUUUCUGAUCUGAAAACUGUAACCCAUAGAAAAGCUCCCCAGGAUAUGCCUCACUCGGAGAAGAGAUUUACAAGGAAGAGUGUGGUGGCUUCUCAAAGUUUCCAAGCAGGGAAACAUUACUGGGAGGUGGACGGGGGACACAAUGAAAGGUGGCGCGUGGGAGUGUGCCGGGAUGAUGUGGACAGGAGGAAGCAGCACGUGCCUUUGUCUCCCGAUCAUGGGUACUGGGUCCUCAGACUGAAUGGAGGACAUUUGUAUUUCACAUUAAAUCCCCGUUUUAUCAGCCUCAUCCCCAGGACCCCACCUACACAAAUAGGGGUCUUCCUGGACUAUGAGUGUGGGACCAUCUCCUUCUUCAACAUAAAUGACCAGUCCCUUAUUUAUACCCUGACAUGUCAGUUUGAAGGCUUAUUGAGGCCCUACAUUGAGUAUCCAUCCCAUAAUGGGCAAGAUGGAACUCCCGUAGUCAUCUGCCCAGUCACCCAGGAAUCAGAGAGAGAGGCCUCUUGGCAAAAGGCCUCUACAAUCCCAGAGACAAGCAACAGUGAGUCCUCCUCACAGGCAACCAUGCCCUUCCUCCCCAGGGGUGAUGUGUAGGAUGAAUCACACCCCACAUUCUUCUUUAGGGAUACUAAGGUUUCUCUCCCAGAUCCAAAGUCCCGCAGCAGCCAGCCAAGGUGGCUUCCAGAUGAAGGGGGAUUGGCCUGUCCACAUGGGAGUCAGGGGUCAUGGCUGCCCUGAGAUGGGAGGGAAGAGGGCUGACAUUACAUUUAGUUUGCUCUCACUCCAUCUGGCUAAGUGAUCUUGAAAUACUCACCGCCUCUCAGGUGAGGAAUCGUCAGGAAUUCCCAUCUCACAGGCUGUGGUGUAGAUUAAGUAGACAAGGAAUGUGAGUAAUGCUUAGAUCUUGUUGAUGACAGAGUGUAUCCUAAUGGUUUGUUCAUUAUAUUACACUUUCAAUAA